ACAGAUCCCGGCAGCGCCGAGCGGCCCGGCCGCUGCCCCGGCUGAGCCUCACAUGACGGAGCCGGGCCGGGCCGGGCCGGGAUGGGGCAGCGCGAUCGGAUGUUCAAGGUGCUGGUGGUGGGGGACGCCACGGUGGGCAAGACCUCGCUGGUGCAGCGCUACGCCAACGACAGCUUCAACCGGCACUACAAAUCCACCGUGGGAGUGGAUUUUGCACUGAAGGUGGUUCAGUGGUCGGAGUCGGAGACGGUUCGGCUGCAGCUCUGGGACAUUGCAGGGCAGGAACGUUUCACAUCCAUGACCCGGCUGUACUACAGGGAUGCCUCCGCCUGUGUGAUCAUGUUUGAUGUCACCAACGCCAGCACCUUCAGCAACAGCCAGAAGUGGAAGCAGGACCUGGACAGCAAACUGCUGCUGCCAGACGGUAGCCCUGUGCCCUGCCUGCUGCUGGCCAACAAGUGUGACCUUUCCCCGUGGGCAGUGACCAGGGACGAGGUCGAUCGGUUCAGCAAAGAAAACGGAUUUUCAGGAUGGGUGGAGACGUCUGUGAAGGAGAACAAGAACGUCAGCGAGUCCAUGAGGGUUCUGAUUGAGAAGAUGAUGUCCUCAUCCACAGGUGAAGGAAGCUCCUCCUCUGCUGGCACUGGGGAUUACAUCAACAUCAAGGAGACCUCCCCUCCAGGCUGGGCCUGCUGCUGAAGCCACUCCAGCUCUGAUGGGCUUCUCAUCAUCAUCAUCAUCAUCAUCGUUACCAUGGUCACCUUGCCCUGAACUGUCCCUGGUUUGGUGUUUUUUCCUGAUAUUUUGAACUUUUCAGUGGCUGUUUCCUCAGCAGAGCCCUGCUGCAGUGACUUGGAGCGAGGGAUGGAAGAAGAGGAUUGGGAAUAUUCCUCUUUUUCUCUGCUGCUCUGAAGGAGCACAGUCCAUGUCCAGGCAGUGCCUUGCAUUACACUGAAUUAUUAUUUUUUUUCUUAAUUUUGAGCACUUCCCCCUCUGGCAAGGGCUGGCAGAGGGAUUUUUUUAAUUUUCUGCACCUUUAACCCUCUCCCUUUUGGGGACACAGCCCAGCCCAGGUGGUGCCUGUGGAUCCCCAGCUGUGGGAUCCCAGCAAUCUCUGGGAUUCUGGAUCAGUGUCCUGGAGGGAGCAGCACAUCCCAGCAGUGCCCAAACCCCCUGAGGAUGAGGAGCUGCCUGUGGAGCAGCACUGUGGAGUUCUGGGGGUCAGCUGGGACCUGGACCAGCACAGUUCUCACUCCCCUGUGGGGCAGAAACCCCAAAAUUUGGUCAGGAGUUGCUCCUGUCCUUCUGGACCACCACAGUUCUCACUGCCUUGUGCAGCAGAGUUCCCAAAAUUUGGUCAGGAGUUGCUCCUGACCCAGCACAAUCCCCGCUCCCCCGUGGAGCAGAGUUCCCAAAAUUUGGUCAGGAGUUGCUCCAGCCCUUCCUGGGCCAGCACAACCCCCAUCCCACUGGGCUCUGAUUGUGGAGCAGAGACCCCAAAAUUUGGUCAGGAGCUGCUCCUGCCCCUCCUGGACCAGCAGAACCCCCACUCCACUGAGCUCUGCUUGUGGAGCGGAGACCCCAAAAUUUGGUCAGGAGCUUCUUCUGUCCCUCCUGAACCAGCACAAUCCCCACUCCCCUGUGGGGUACAGACCCCAAAAUUUGGCCAGGAGCUGCUCCUGCCCUUCCUCCCCCCAGCCCCUCCUGCUGCCCCUUUUUGGGGCAGGGUGAGGAGGGGCUGUAACCCCUUUGUGUGACCCUGGGCACGUUUUUUGGGACAGCCUCCACCCCCCAGCCCAAAGUGCUUUUGGCAACUGCUGCUGAAUUGCCUUCCCAGCAUCCAGGAGGGAAUUUGGGGUCGGAAACAGCUCCCUAAAAACCCCCCUGCUGUUUUAGUGGGGCUGGGGAAGAGGAGGAGGAGGGGAAAAAAAAAGACUUUGUGGGAUAAAAGAAAAGGAAGGAGCCACUCCUCAUUUCCCCCUGGUGCCACUUUUCCCUUCCACAUCCCAGAUAUUGCUGGUGGAGAGCAAUUCUGGCCAAAAAAAAUGGUACAAAUUGAGGAGAAUUUAUGGGGAACUUGCACUUCAGGGCUGGAGUUUUGUGUGUUUAAUUCUGGAUUUGCUGUUCUGUGAUUUUCUGGUGGUUCACAAUUGCCCUGCUCACGUUUUGGGUUUGGAUUUCAGCAAAAGGCCUUCAAUAAUUCAAUUUUCUUUUUACCUAUUGAGUGGUUUAACUGGGAGACAGGACUGGAAAUUGCUGUGUCCUGGUUCCUGCUGAAUUAGGGCUGCUUUGCUCUGGUAAAUUAUUCCUCCUGCCUGGCUCACAUUGAGGGAUGAGUUGGUAAAACAGGCACUCAUCACCUUCACUAAAAAAUCUGAGUUUUCAUUCUCUGGAGCUGAAAAGAAUUUAAAACGAAACAGUGAGGGUUAAGAAAUUUGGGAUUAUUUGUGCUGCACUUUUUAAUGCAAAGCUGAAAUACCCGGGCUGGGGUUCUGCCACACAAAUAUUGCCAAAUUUGGGGUUAGAGGUGCUAAAAAAUACCCUUUCCUACACCCUUGGUUUUAGAAAUAGGGAGAGCUGGUUAGCAGCAAAGUGGAAGUGCCUUGCUGAAUUUUACUUCAUUGUCUUAAACAAAAAAACCCAAAAAACAAAACAACAACAGAAAAAAAACCCCAACAAAAUAAAAAAAAGUUUUCAAUACUAUAAAUAUUUAAUCCUAUAAAUAUUUCUAGUUCUUUUUAGAACAUGAGAGAAGUGCCUAAUUUUUUAAAGGAGCUGCCACGAAACCCCUUAAAAUUCAGGUGUUUCUUAUUGAUUUUUGUACUUAAAAUGUUUCAGCCAAGAGCUCUCCUCAGAGGUGGAAAACCCGGCCCAGAGCAGCUGAAAAUUCCCAAUUCCUGCUCCAUCCAAUGGAACUCAAGCAGAGCGUGAAAAGAACUCAAAUGAUCCUGAAAUUGUAAUUUCUCCUCUAAAUCUGGCCAGAUUUGUGUCAUCAGCUACAGAACCAUGGGAUGGUUUGAGAUUCCCCCAGUGCCAUGGGCAGGGACAUUCCUUUGGAUCAUCCAUGCCAAGGCCUCCUCACAGGGAAUUUCUGGGAAUUUUGCAGGAAAACUUCUUCCAUCAGCACUUUGAUACCUCCCAGGUGCCUGCACCUCUUCCUCCACAAGUGCCUUUAAGAAUCAACCAAAAACCCAAAGGAAGAUACUUUAAAAAAAAAGAGAUUUUAAAAAAAUCACUUAAAAAAAUCUCUUUAAAAAAAUCUUUUAAAAAUAUCUUUAAAAAAAUCUCUUUAAAAAAAAAAUCUUUUAAAAAAAUCUCUUUAAAAAAAAAAUAAUCUAUUUUAAAAAAUCUAUUUCACAGCAUUUCUGUGCUGCCCUUUGGUUUCCAGUCCCCAUGUGUGCCUUGGGGAGGUUAUUUUCCCACAUUUACUGAUUCUUAGCAUCUGAAAAAAAUGGCAAAUAAAACCCCCCACAAGCUGCACAAAAGGAAGAGUGGUUGCUUGAGCUGGGUGAAAACCCCAACCAAACAGGAAAACGAUUUCCCUGAGCAGCUGGGGGUGUUUGCCAUGCUUCAAAAAAGCCAAAUACACCUCAAAAAGUGCCCCAAAUUUAAAUCUGGUUUAAAUUAAUUAAACCAGAUUCAAAAUCCCCAUCCAGGGAUGGCGUGGGAGGAGCAGGGGCUGUGCCCAGCUGAAAUAAUUCUGAAUUUUAAAACCCAGAAUUAUUAAAAACUGGAAGGGGAAAGCAAAAAAAAAAAAGGCUUAAUUUACUUUUUGUUGAUUUAGGGGGGUAAAACCUUGAAUUUUUCAAAUAGGAAUCAGAAAUUAUCUUUAUUCUGCUUCACUCCUGGCCUCAUCAGGAAUGAGGAUUUUGGGAAAUGAAGGAAUUUCCUUUUCCCUGCUCUCACUCCGUGCCCUCUGUGUGACUCUGGGCCAACUGUUCCCGUUUCCUUCUCCUUUCUCCUUCCUGGAAUUUCAAUUUGUGGCCCUGGGACUCAAAACCAGAAGAAUUUCCAGGUGUCUUUUGUGCCUUGGUGGCUGCACUUGGUUUCUUUACACAGCUGGAGAAUUUUACUGCAGCCUCAACAAGUCAAAAAUGUCAAAAUUCAGCUUUUUUUUUUUUGUUUUAUUUUUUUUUAAUUUCUUGCUGUUUCGCAGAAGUAUUUUAGAGGCAGGGUCCUGACCAUUGUAAAAUUCAGUAUUAUGGUUGUGUAAAGAGGAAAAAAAUGGAUUUUAAUCUACAUCAGUCAAUCACUGGUGCAGCAUUGCAACAGUUUGAAAUAAAAAAAUGGAUAUUGCUCA